CCAAGCCAGAUGCAAGUCAGUAGCUGUUUUGCGUAUUUCACGUGUGCAGUCUGUGCGUGUUUUGCCAGCGGUGUACGCUCCGGUGUCAGUGAUGGAUCCUGUCAAAUUGUCAUCAAGUGCACGCGUGAAACAUUUGGUCGUUGAUUCAGGAGGUUUUAUAAAGAAUGCGGCUCUGCAGGAAAUCGGCGAAAAUAUCUACACACUGGCCGAAGUUGUGAGUGAAAUAAAGGACAAAGCGACGAAACAGAGGCUCCAAGUUCUUCCGUAUAAGUUGAACUACAGAGUUCCAUCGCCGGAAGCAAUAAAGAUCAUGACGGAGUUUUCUAAGCUCACUGGAGACUACCCAAGUUUGUCAGCAGUUGACAUCAAGGUGCUUGCUCUCACGUACAUGUUGGAGAAGGAGCACGUGGGGACAGACCAUCUUUCCGAGAAACCGAAGAGUAUUGAGGUGCAGAGAACUGGGGCCCCGAGAGAUUCACUUUCUUCUCCGGGUUUCUUCGGCACCCACGCGGUUGCAGAUGCACAAAAGUCUGAGCCUGUGGAGCCUGCUGCAUCUCCGGAUGACUGCAAUGAGGAAAACUGCAGUGAGGAUGGAAUAGAUUCAGCAGAAGAAGACUCAAGCGAUGAUGAGUGGAUUACGCCGAGCAACAUCACAGAGAUAAAGAAAGAAAUGGGCUUGUUAACUUUGGAAGAGGUGCCAAUACCAGUUGCAUGUAUAUCAACAGAUUUUGCUGUUCAGAAUGUUCUGAUUCAGAUGGGUCUAAAAGCUGUUUCUGUUGAUGGGAUGGCUAUCAGGCAUGCAAGAACAUUCGUCCUGCGCUGCCAUGCAUGCUUCACCAUUACAAAAGUAAUGACCAAACAGUUUUGUCCGGCUUGUGGCAAUAAGACGCUGAAGCGCGUCUCAGUGGAUGUAGCAGAGGAUGGCUCUACAAAGCUCUACAUAAACUACAAAAGACCUAUAAAUAUUCGUGGAACACGGUACUCCCUUCCCAUGCCUAAAGGAGGGAAACAUUCAACAGAUCCCAUUUUGUGUGAAGACCAACCAGUCCCACAGAACCGGUUAUCAAAAAUGGCCAUGAGCCGGGUUGAUGUACUGGAUGCAGACUAUCUCUCUAGAAACUCACCAUUCAAAAUUAAUGAUGUGUAUUCCCGUUCUGCUCACCUCCACAUGCGAGCUGGUUCUCAAGGAUCUCGAAACCCCAACCAAGUAAAGCGCAACACAGGAAAUCAUAAGAAACGAAGGAAUUGAACACACUCAUAAGAGCAGCCCA